AUGCGGUUAUUGGUUAAGGUAUCAUUGGAUGGCGCAGAGCACUUUGUUCAAGAUCUGGAUUCCACCAACGGGACUUCGCUUGGAAUAACUCAAUAUAGCUUGUUUCCAAAUAAACUAUACCAGCUCGCACACAACAAAAUCAUUAGUUUUGGACCUUUUCGAUGCCGCUACGAGAUGGUAGCCCCAAAAGAGUGUAUGCAACACAUUGACUAUUCACUCAACCCCAUAGCUCAUGAAUCUGAUAUGGAAAAACUCGCUGUUGUUCAGUCUGAAAGCGAUGCAUCUUUGGCUGAUAUCCCGCUUGGAGAUACUCACAUCUCAAGCGAUCUUAUAUCUAAAAGUCAAGACAUUUUUUAUGAUCCAGCCAACGAUCCAAAUAUUGCAAAGACUGCUUCGAUACAUGAUCCACAGUCUUUUAACAACUCGAAUCCAUUUCUCAUAUCUCCUGCUACAGAAUCUAAAUUUCAUAUUAACAAAGAAGACGACGAGCACAGCUCGUCACAGACUACUGAAGAAAUUUGUAUGUCCGUCCAUCAAGACACUGAAAAUCAUUACAUUGAUGGAACCAAACCAAUUCAAAUGGAAGAAUCAGAAAUGGAAGAAUCAAAAGAGUAUAGUUUAUCUCAGGACAUUUGUAUUUCUUCAAUGCCACUAUCACCAAGUAUACUUUCUCCACCAUUAAUCGAUGAAGAAACACAGUUUACGCUUGGUCAGAGAGCUUUGCACAAUAUUUCAGAGGAACAGGGAGAUCAUGAUCAAUUUCCACAUGAAGCUGUUGUGUCGCUUCAAAUUCAAGAUCCAUCGCCACUGGUUUUAGAUACGUGUUCAUUGAAUACAUCAGAACCUGCUGUUGCUUCGAAUAAUCUUUCGCAUACUAAAACGGAUUCUACUGCGUCAGUGUCUGGACUGAAUGAUACGAUGGAAUCUGCCACGUGUACUUCAAAAACGUUCAAGACCGUAAAAGAAAAUAUAAUGUCUUUGCCACAACCAGCAGAGGAUGUGGGGAACGUUGCAGUAACUAAAGCGAAAAGCAAAAGGGGAAGAAAGUCUAAAGCCGUAGCCGUAGCUGUAUCUGAAGUUGAAAUAGAGCCAGUAUCUAAAUCUGAUGCGUCUAAGCCAUCUGUAACCAAUAGUCGUCCACAACGAAGCAAGAGAUCUUUAUCUAAAGUAGAAACCAAUCCAUUGGAAGUGCAAGCUGACAGUAAAGUAGAGGAUCAAUAUGAACUUGAUUUAUUUGCUUUUCCAGAAGAACUUCCCAAGAAACCUUUGCAGUCUCGUAAAGCAAUCAAGCUUCAGCCUGAUUCCGAGUCCAUUGUUGAUAUUGACAAUGUGGGUCAGUUUUUUGAUACAGAAGCUCCUUCAACUACAUCUUCCAAAAAAAGUCGUUCUACAAGAAAAUCUGCAUUGCACAAAGUAUCGCCGUGUUCAAAACGAUCUUCGUUAAGCAUCGUUUUAACGACUCCUGUCAAAAAUAAGUUGCUAUUAGACGAAGAAGCAAUCGUUUCAUCCAAUUCUUUGGGGAAAAACUCCAAGCGAUCGUUAAAAGAGCCAUCUGGCACUCUUUCAGUAGAUGAUACCAUUACAAAGGAUCAAGUUGAAAAACCACUCAAGCCUACUAAAAAGGCAAAACACGAUCAAACAAAACUAUCUUCUAUACUGGAUCCUGUUUCUAUGAAUGAUAGUGCUGAGAUGAGAGAUUGUUCAAACAAGAGUCCUGAGCAACAGGUUCGAGUACUGUUUACUGGUAUUCCAGAAAAUGAUGAGCGUCGAGAGAUUGUGGAUAUUCUUGGAGGAACGAUCGUGAGUACGUGGAGUGAAUGCACGCAUUUGGUGACUGACCGUAUUCGACGCACUGUCAAAUUUCUAUGUGCUGUUUCUGCUGGAAAACAUAUUAUGGACGUGAAAUGGCUCGAGGCAUCCAAAAAGGAAGGAGAAUUUGCAGGCGAGGCAAAGUAUAUCUUGAAGGAUAUCAAAAUGGAGAAACUAUACAAGUUUACAUUGAAAAAGACGCUGGCUGUUGUUAGGAAACGAGGCAAUGAUCAACUUUUUUCUGGAAAAAACGUUUUUUCUACAUCAAGCGUCAAGCCUGGACACGACGAACUUCGUGAGAUUUUGGAUGCAGCUGGUGGAUCGCUGGUUACAGACAUUGAUGAAGUUGUUAGUAGUACAAUUGCUAUUGCAGAUUUGCAAGAUAUUUCCGAAUGUGAACGAUUGCGAGAGAUUGGGGUAGAUUUAUAUACCACAGAGGUGGUUCUUACUGUCCUCAAAGUGCUCACUGAGAACAUGAAAAAAUCGAAAAGGUUGAAUGCUACUGCGACGUUGGCAGUAAACCAGGGUUAUUCGAAUUUAUCCACCAAAAUAUGCGUCAUGAAUAAUGAAGUAUUUGAUUCCAAUAAGCCAAGAAUAAUUGUCAAAUCCGAGCUGAUCAUCCAACUUGCAACAAUCGCGAACAUUGGCAUUUCAAACUUUUAUGCUUUCAUCGCAGUAGCGACAAUGGAUUGGGAUAACCAACCAAAACAAACUCAAAUGCUUAAAGCCAGCACUGAUGAAUUUGAAGUAGCGGAAUUAAGUCCCAAUGUAGCAGAAUUACGACAGUUUUGGGAAGUACUAGGCAAGCCGUCCCAGAUACAACCACUCAACUCUCCACAUAAACGAAAUCGACAAUGUACUCCACCUCUUCAAAACCAAAACCAAGAAAGCGAUGCAACGACCAUCCCAUGCAUUGACGAAAAUAUAGUCUUUGCAUUGAAAACACUGGUAGUAAACAAUACUAAAGUCACUGAGAUAGAAUUCUGUUGCACGUUGUGUCAAUCAGCAUUUGUAUUGCGAGCUGCCCAUCAAUGUGUGUCGUCCGAUGAUCCAUCGCAGCCAGAUACACAUAAACGACAACAAGGACUGGAAUGGUAUCGUAAUCAAAAAUGUGAUCAUAUCAACAUGAUAAUUUAA